AUGACGACAGAGGGUAAUGUAUGUGGCUCCGUGAAGUCAUUUAUUGAUGGCCUGCGGUAUGAACUUGUCGAUGGUAUUAUUGAGGUUGGAUUGUGGAGUGAGAGUGAUGUCUGGACGCAACAAGGAGACUUUGCUCCAGGGUGCUGGCAGUUUAGGCAGGAAGAGCAGCUGUCGAUGAUCAUUGGGCCAAAGCCACACCGACAACAGACCCAGUGA